CCACGCGCCUUCUUGCUUUUUCCUACCUCCCUUUUAAUGGAUAAAAUCCCAUUUAGCUGUCAUUUCCCAUCUCUCAAAACAUUUAAAGAAACUUCGCUUCGUUACGGCAGCUCCCGUCUCAACGCGCCUCCCUUACCAUUCCACGCGCCACCUAUCUUCGUUUUCAUUUUCCUUCUCUCUCAUUUUCCUUCUAUCUUAAAUGAAAUGAGAAAGAUCUGAAGGAGAUUGGAAGUUGGUGAUUGAGAUUUGAGGUUUCUGAGGAGAGUGACUUAUUUUGGUAAUUUUAAUGAAGGAUGAACAACGUCUGGUGCUAAGAAGAAGAUGGGAGGAGUAACGUCUUCGAUUGCCGCGAAAUUUGCGUUCUUCCCGCCAAAUCCGCCGUCAUACAGAGUGCUAGAGGACGAGUUAUGCGCUGGUCAGCUUUACAUACCAGAGGUACCGAGGAGGGACGGUGUCGACGUCUUGAAGCUACGCACGCGCCGCGGGAACGACAUCGUCGCCGUCCAUAUAAAACACCCCAAGGCUUCCGCUACUCUCUUGUAUUCUCAUGGAAAUGCCGCUGAUUUAGGACAAAUGUUUGAGCUUUUCGUCGAGUUGUGUAAUCGCCUGCGGGUUAAUCUUAUGGGGUAUGAUUAUUCUGGCUAUGGACAAUCAACUGGAAAGCCAACAGAGUGUAAUACAUAUGCAGACAUAGAUGCAGCUUAUAAGUGCCUUAAGGAAGAGUAUGGAGUUAAAGAUGAACAGUUAAUAUUGUAUGGUCAGUCAGUUGGUAGUGGACCUACUGUUGAUCUUGCUUCUCGUUUGCCGAACUUGAGAGGCGUUGUUCUUCAUAGCCCAAUUUUGUCUGGCAUGAGAGUAUUGUACCCUGUCAAAAGGACAUACUGGUUUGACAUUUAUAAGAAUAUUGACAAAAUUGGAGCAGUGAACUGUCAGGUUUUGGUAAUUCAUGGGACAGCUGAUGAAGUGGUUGAUUGUUCCCAUGGUAAACAGCUUUGGGAGCUUUGCAAGAAUAAGUACGAUCCUUUAUGGGUAAACGGAGGAGGACAUUGCAAUCUGGAGCUCUACCCAGAAUUCAUUAGACAUUUGAAGAAAUUUGUACUGUCUCUACAUAAAUCAAAAGCAGCCACAAAUGGUUCUGAAAAAAUAGCGGUGAACUCUGACAAUCAGACAAAACCACCUGAUGGUGGAACUUCGGAUACUUUUAAACUGGAUGCUGACCUUCCAGAAGUUUCUAGAAACAGCUUAGAUAGUCGACUGGAGAAGUCUAAGAAGUCAAAUAAGCCUGAGAAGUCUCGAAUGAGCACAGACCGUGUUGAUAGGUUUAGACGAAAAAAGGGCUUAGUUUGGUGAUUACUUACACAAAGAACAUGUUAAAAAUAAAAAAAAAAAGCAUGCAGAUGUAUCCUGUUUGAGGUAAUUUACUUUCCUUUUUUAACCUUGAGCUUUUGUAAUAUUUUGAGAAUGAGUGUGUGAUGAUUCUCAUAAAAUGUUAAAAUUUUUCUGUAUGUAUCUUUCAGAUCAAACAAAGUGGAAUUCAAGUUUUAAAAAAUCUUCCGUUAUAAAUCCAUAGCUGUGAAAUCAAACAGUCCGAAUCUAAAUGAAAAUAUACUGGUUUUGGGCUA